CAUGAGAUGGUGCUCGUAGGUUAAGUGUCGAGAAAUGUGAAUGGAAAAAUUAGUAUGUUAGUGUAAUUUAAACGUGGUAGCUUAUCUGGAGAUAAGAGUACAACAACCUGAAGACAGGGCGCAGAUGGUCGUGCCUCUACGAUCAUCCACGGAAUAGUUAAUUGAGCGCGAACUGGCAGCAGGGUGACGCGUUCCGAGCGAUGCGACAGUCUUUGCAUUCCGAAGAAAUCCACGGAUCAGACACUCGUGGAAGAACAUUGGAUAUGCUUGGAACGGAAGCAUACACGAGGUGAAUUACGUGGAUAUAUAUUUAUAAACAAUGGCGGAUCUAGAGAGACCAUUGAUAGCGAGCAAGGUGGUGCAAGAAAGAUGCAGCAAGUGGGUAGAAUCACAGAAGGAUUAUUCUUAUUCUGACGAAGAUAGUCUUAAGCGAAAGCUGAGGGAGGAGACCGAGUAUGAAGAUUGGUUCAACACGGAAUCAGAGUUCGAUUCGGUCUCAGAAUGUGGUGCCAAGAGACGCAAGGUUGGAACACCAUUGAGGAAUGAAGUAUUGGAUCUUGCCUGCGAAUGGGAGAAAUGUACGUUUCGCAGUGAUCAUAUGGAUAAAUUUCUGAAGCAUGUUUCUAGUCACAUACCGAAUGUACAGAUAAGCAUGAAAGAUGAUAACGAGGUCUAUGUGUGUCAGUGGAAAGAUUGUCCGUAUAACAGCGAUGUAUGCGAUGAAGUAAUACGGCACAUUAACUACCAUGCUUAUCACACCAAACUGAAAUGUAUUGGAUCCAACAUUCGUAGAAGAACCAAGUUACCUAAAUGUUACAGAGAUUCGGAUUGGAAGAAUAUCAUAGAUUCGCCACCUCCACAUUUGUGCCGGUGGGAGGAGUGCCUGAAGAUGUUCACAAACUAUCAAAUGUUCCUAUAUCACAUCACUGUGCACACAGAGGACUUUCCGCGUGGCAAUAAAGUCAAGGGCGGAGUCGAGUGCAAGUGGACUGGAUGCAACGGCAAGUAUCCCAGUUUGUACAAGCUCCGGGAACACAUGAGGUGUCACACCAAAGAGAAAAUGGUCGCGUGCCCGGACUGCGGUGCUACGUUUGCUUCCAACACAAAAUUUCAUACACAUUGCCAGCGGCAGAUUCCUCUAGAAGUACAGGGAUUUCAGUGUUCACACUGCAAUAAAUUUUAUCCGACUGAGAGGAUUCUACGCGACCAUAUGAGGUCUCACGUGUUCAAUUACAAAUGUUCCCUGUGUGACAUGAGCUGCGAAUCGCCGGCGAGUUUGGCGAAACAUGUCAGAUACCGACAUGUAUCGACCAGAACAUUUCCCUGCCAAUUGUGCUCACACGCUGCAAAGUCGCAGCAGGAUCUCGACUCACACAUGACUGUUCAUGUUAAUGGUCCGAAUUUUUUUUGCACCUUUGAGGGAUGUCUUUACACAUGCAAAGGAGCCUACACUUUGGAUAGACACAUAGAGCGGGUACAUGGUUUAGCAGAGCGGUGGUAUUGUUGCCACGAAUGCCCGAUUAAGUACCGGAAGAGUUACAGACUGACGAAACAUCUCAUAGAAACGCAUCAACUGCAACUGCCUAACGGUCAUAAACGCUUCCACUAUACGCAGGAAAAAGACGGAUGUUACAGACUUCAGAUGGUGAGAUACGAGGCUGUGGAUGAAGAAAACGAAUUGCGCAUCGACGAAGCGGAUCACAAAUCGUACAAGACGUAUAAAAUAAAACUGAAUCCAACUAUGAAGGAAGUAAAUAUUGUCGAAGAAGACACAGAAGAGAUGGAAAAUUUACAGGUCACUGAAGAAGAAAAAAUUGAGGACAAUGUUGGUAAUUUUAUGCCUGUUAUAUCUAAUAUUUUAAUAUCUAUUGAUGAAGUCGAUGAGAAAGGAAAUAUUAUAAAACGACAAAUUGUUGAAACACAAGAAACAAACGAAUUACCACCCUCGGAAGAACCACCGUUAAUUUUAACUUAAGUUUGACAUCCUUUUAACAAGAUAGUCUCUUGAAAUGUAUAUAUAUAUAUAUUUUUAUAUUAUAUAUUAUACAUACCCUGUGGUUUUACAUUUAAGAGAUUAUAUACUAUACUGCAUAUAUAUUUAUUAU